AUGAAACCAUCUAAUCGUAAUAUAAAUUCAUUAUAUAAACAAACUAAUCAAAAUAUUGAAAGUAUAUCUAUGAUUAAUCAACCAAAUAGACCAUAUAUAAAAAUUUAUGAUCCAGAUCAUAAUGAUCCAAAUUAUUUACCACCACCACCACCAACACCACCACCAACAACAACAAUAAUAACGCAAAAUUUAAUCAAUAAUACAGAAUUGAUCAAUCAAAAUAAAGAAAAUCAAUUGAAAGAAGAAAUUUAUACAAAAACAUCUAUGAGAGAUCGUAUAGUAAAUUUAAUUAUGUCAAAAUAUCGAAGUUAUGAACGUCCACCAGAUGGUGGUAAUGCAACUAUAGUAACAGUUAAUAUGAAAGUAUUAGCUAUAUUUUCAAUUGAUGUACGUACAAUGGAUUAUUAUAUAGAUUUAUUAUUAAGACAAGUAUGGCGUGAUCGUCGUUUAUCAUGGUAUGAUAUACCAGAAUUUUCAAAAUUUAAUGAACCAUUAGUAUCACCAAAAUUAAAAGAACAAUUAUGGUUACCAGAUUUAUUUUUUCGUAAUGGUAAAGAUGGUUAUUUACAUAAAUUAACAUUACCAAAUUAUUUAUUACGUGUACAUCCAAAUGGUAAUGUAUUAUAUAGUCAAAAAAUAACGAUGAGAUUUUCAUGUCAAAUGCAUUUACAAACAUUUCCAAUGGAUAAUCAACAUUGUCAUAUUAAUAUUGGUAGUUAUGGUUAUACAUUAAAUGAAUUAAAAUUUGUAUGGAAUCAUAAUAAACCAGUUGAAUUAGCUGAAAAAUUACAAUUAUCUGAAUUUGAAACACCAAAACAAUUUAUUACAAAUGAUUGUUCAUCUGGUUAUUCUACAUCAACCGGACAAUAUACAUGUUUAAAUGCAACAUUUGAAUUACAAAGACAAUUAGGUAGUUAUUUAGCAACAACUUAUAUACCAAAUGUAUUAAUUAUUAUGGUAUCAUGGUUAAGUUUUUGGGUUAAUGUUGAUUCAGCACCAGCACGUGUACCAUUAGGUUUAUUAAGUUUACUUGGUAUAUUAACACAAGCUAUAAGUGUAUCAUCAACAUUACCACGUGUAUCAUAUAUUAAAGCAAUAGAUAUAUGGAUGAUAUUUUCUAUUAUAUUUGUUAUUGGUGUAUUAGUUGAAUAUGCUAUAGCAUUAACUAUAUUAAGACGUAAACAAUCUGAAACAUGGCAUGAAGAUGUUAAAGAGAUAGUACGUGAAGAAUUAGCUAGAUGGUGUGCUAUAUGUCAACAACAACAAUUAAUACAAUUACAAAAUUCAAAUCAAUUAAUUAAAGGACAAUUAGAAUUUCGUGAAGAAUUAGAACAUUUAUUAACUAAUCAAUUUAUUGAUGAUUAUAAAGAUAAAACGAAACCAAAACGACCACCUGGUUUAAUUGAAUCAGAAAUUGAUACAUAUAGUAGAUUUUUAUUUCCAGCAUGUUUUGUAUUAUAUAAUUGUUUUUAUUGGUGUUAUUUUUUAAUUAUUGUUAAUCAAAUUUAAUCAUGAUCAAUUAUUGAUUGUUUGUCGAUUAAUCGAUCGAUCGAUCAAUCAAUCAAUCAGUCGAUUCCUCUUUAUGUUUGUUCUUGAUAUAUGUUACUACUCCUGAUUCAUCAAGAUCAAUCAUUUGUUGCUUAUCGAUCAAUCAAUCAAUCAAUUCCUUCUUAUGUUCUUUCUUCAUAUAUGUUGCUAUUGAGAUAUUUGAAACUUUUCAACUCUUAUAGAGUUUAACAAUCAAAUAUAAUGAAUUCGAUGUUAUGCAUGCAAAAAUCGAUCAAUUAUUCAUUUUAUAUCAAUCGAUCGAUCAAUUAUUCAAUCCAUCCCCCCGUUAUCUUCUUUCUUAUUUUGAAACAUCUUGUUGUUAUGAUUAUAAUGUGUGUGUGUUUUUUGUUUUGUUUUUCUAAAUGGAAACAAUUCUGUUGUUAAUUAAAUUUAAUCAAGAUUAAUCACUGAUUGUUAAUCGAUUAAUCAAUCAAUCAAUCAAUCAAUCAAUUAAUGCAUUUGUAAUGAUCUUAUGCAUGUAAAAAAUCGAUUACUUAUUUCUUCUUUCUUAAUCGAUCGAUCAAUUCCGUCUUAUCUUCUUUCUCGAUAAAUGUUACUACUCAAAUACGUAAAAUUUUCUAUCUUUGUUAUAGUUUCUCAAUCAAAUAUAAUGAAGUUGAUGUUAUGAUCCAUUAUUAAUGUAUUUGACGUUAUCUUAAUCAUACAAAAAUCGAUCACUUAUUCAUUCUUUAUCAAUUGAUCGAUCAAUUAAUUAAUCCAUCCCCCCGUUAUCUUCUUUUUUUUUUUACUUUUAAACAUCUUGUUGUUAUGGUUAUUGUUGUGUUUUUUUUUGUUUUUCUAAAUGGAAACAAUUCUGUUGUUUAGCUUUUAGAUGAAUUAUACAAUUUGAAUAGAAUUCAUUGAAUGACUAUCAUGAUCAUGAUCAUCAUCAUCAUCAUUAUCAUUAUCAUUAUCAUCACCAUCAUCUAUUACAUAAUCAACAAUAUACUAUGAGAAUACACAUUUUCCAAAUAAAAACAAAUACAUUCAAAAUUCAUUUGUAUACUUAAUUAUGAUCAUCUUUAUGUGUAAUUUCAUUGGGAAGAUUACCAUUCAUUACCAUUCGUACCAUUAGUACCAUUAUUAUUAUUAGUAUUACUAAUACUACCAAUAUAACCAUACUCAACUAAAUAAACAAACAUGGAUGCAUUUAGUAAACAUUAACUGAAUAAUAUUCAAUAGUUCAUAUCAACCCCUUUCAUUGAUGUCAUUCAAUAAAGUAUUAUUAUCAUUCAUCAUUAUAACUUGGUUCAAUG